GUCAUGAGGAGGGGAAACGAGGUGAAAGUCGCCUCAGGAAUUAAUACUCCGCAUCCCCGGUACUCAACUCUCUCCAACAGUUGCACCUUUUUGGACAGCCCUCCUCCUCCAGCGUGCCAGACUCUCGAGGGCUUCUCGGCACCGGCCUGCCCCCACUCGUCCCGUGUCCCCUGGCGGUGCAGGGCGCAGGGGCAGGGCUCUCCAGGACGCGGAUACUGCGUGUCAAAUAACAACGAAACGCUACAAUCCGGUUUUGGCUCACUUGCCGAGGAAAUUCAAGUCUACUCUCGUAAUGGCCCCGAGAUUCACGUCGCCAUGGGGAGUUCAGCUGGCUCGGACUGUAACGUGGCUCAUAUGGAUGUAAGCAGUAAAACUUUUGAGUGGAUGAGAGUAAGAAGGAGUCAGCACCGGGCGGGCAGGAUGCACAUGACCUGUGGGUUCAGUGUUGUUGGCUCGGGCCUCGGUGCUGUCGAGGCUGGAAGCAGCAGCAUCUGCACGGGUGACCAUCCCACGGUGAACGGGGCCUCGAGGACCAGCUUCAGCACCAAGCAGCUGACUGAGCUGGAGAAGGAGUUCCACUUCAACAAGUACCUGACGCGGGCCAGGCGGGUGGAUGUCGCCAGCGCCCUGCAGCUCAGCGAGACGCAGGUGAAAGUUUGGUUUCAGAACAGACGCAUGAAGCAGAAGAAAUUACAGAGAGACGGGCUGCUCUCAGACCCGGGGCCGGCGGCACCGCACUCUCACGCUGACACUUUGGACACCCGCCCCUCUCCUGGACCGUCCUCGUCAAAACACCUGCCCCUGAACUCCUGAACCACAGGAGCUGCUUUCACUCAUGCAAGGGCGCCUGCCUGCAGAUGUUUUGAUUCCCUUUUGCAUCGGUUUCAAUCAGGCUUCACCUGUAUUUGCUUACCACGAUGGAUUCUUAUCGCAAGAAGCGCAUUGGCAAGUUUCGUCAUGCAAGAACGGAUGAAAACAAUUUGUCAUCCUCCCUCGGCUUCAGACUGGUGCUGAUUUGAAUAUUAAAAUUCAAGUCAUUGCACAGCGCUCCUAUGAAAACAAGGAAACAAAAUGAUAUUAAUUGUCCGUAGAAACUGUGGCAGACUAUUUGUUUAUUUAUUCUUCACAAUUUAACCAGGAGCUGACUUUACUUGAAUAUUUAUUCAACAGGACACGUGUCUCCUAAAUUUGUUUAAAAUAAUAA